AUGCUCGCCCGCCCCCUCUCGCCCGACCCCGACCCCAUCAUAUACAGCACACCGCUCCCUAGCGGUGCGCCCGCCCCGCUUCUCAACAUCGACACCGCCCUCCCCAGUCCCGCACAUGGCCAGCCCAGCGCAGCCUCCCUCGCCCUCGCCCUCUCUCUGCCCUCUCCCUCGCUCUCGCCCUCGUCCGCAGGCGGCGCGGAGAAGUCAGCCGACUACGUGUACUACCAGCGCCGCCCCGAUACGCUGUCGAGCGAGGGCCGCGCGCGCGCGACGGCCGCCAAGGUCAAGCUCGAGUCGUACUACAAGGUCGCGCUCGAGACCGCGAUCGACCUCAACGUCCGCGGCGCGGAGCUCGACAAGCGCGCGGCCGCGCUCCCCGACGAGCGCCGCGAGCGCGAGGCGCGCAAGCACGCCAAGGUCCAGGCCCAGUUCCUCCGCCUCCGCCGCACCAAGAUCGGCCUCGCCGACUUCCGCACCGUCAAGGUCAUCGGCCGCGGCGCGUUUGGCGAGGUGCGCCUGGUGCAGAAGACGGAUACGGGGCGGGUGUACGCGAUGAAGACGCUCCAGAAGGCGGAGAUGCUCCGCCGGGACCAGCUCGCGCACGUCCGCGCGGAGCGUGACGUCCUCGCCGAGUCAACCUCGCCGUGGGUCGUGCAGCUGUACUACUCCUUCCAGGACCCGCUUUAUCUGUACCUCAUCAUGGAGUUCCUGCCCGGCGGCGACCUCAUGACGAUGCUCAUGAAGUACGACGUUUUUUCGGAGGACGUCACGAGGUUCUAUAUCGCGGAGUGUAUCAUGGCGAUCGACGCGGUGCACAAGAUGGGGUUCAUACACCGGGACAUCAAGCCGGACAACAUCCUGAUCGACAAGAAUGGGCACCUCAAGCUGUCCGACUUUGGGCUCUCGACGGGGCUCCACCGCCAGACGGAGGCGGCGUACUACCGGCGCCUCGUCGAGGAGCAGCAGGCGGGCCCGCGGAACGUGGCGCGGAACAGCGUCGAGGUGACGCCGAUCAAUCUGACGAUGACGCGCGCGGAGACGAUCGCGACAUGGAAGAAGAAUCGAAGGAAACUGGCGUACUCGACGGUGGGCACGCCGGACUACAUCGCGCCGGAGGUGUUCAUGAUGCGCGGGUACGGGAAGGAGUGCGACUGGUGGUCGCUCGGCGCGAUCAUGUUCGAGUGCGUCGUCGGCUACCCGCCGUUCUGCUCGGAGAACGCGAGCGACACGUACAAGAAGAUCGUGCAGUGGCCGAAGCACCUGUUCUUCCCCGAGGACGUGCACCUCAGCCGCGAGGCCGAGGACCUGAUGCGCAGGCUGAUGACAUGGGGCGACCAGCGGUGGCCGGUGGAAAAGACAAAGAUGCACGCGUUCUUCGAGGGCGUCGAGUGGAAUGCGCUGCGGGAGCUGCAGGCGCCGCGCCCGCCGACGUUGAGCUCGAUCACGGACACGUCGUAUUUCCCAACGGAGGAGCUCGCGGACGUGCCCGCGCAGCCCGCGGGCGUCGAGCGGCUCGACGCGGAUCGGGACCUUGCGUUUCUCGGGUUCACGUUCAAGCGGUUUACGGGCGUGCAGGCUGCGAUUUGA